UACCAAUAAAUUUUUAGAACAAAUAGUAUAAAAUGGAAGAUAACGCUGAUCACAAUAAAGAGCUCGAUGAAGCUAUCAAAAUAAGCUUACAAUCUUUUGGGGCAAAGAAAUCACAAGUAGCUCCUUUAAUUGAAGAAAACAAACAGGAGGAAGGUUUCUUUACCCAAAACGACCUCUUAAAAGGAUCACAAGAAGAAUCCAGAAUCAUGGAGGAGGAAAAAGUAGAAAAUCCUUUUUAUGAAGAAUCAAAGGAGAGCGUCGAAGAAUUAUCAGUAGAACCUCCUGCUUCAUCUGAUCCUACCAGAGACUUAUGUCAGGAAUAUAUGGUAAUCCUUCAAACAACCAUCGAUGAUGAUAAAGAAUUUAAAUCAGUUCUUACUAUUUUGAGCAAACUUAUCGGGAAUGUAUGAAAAGAUCCAAAUAAUACGAAAUUCCAUAAAAUUAAGCUAAACAAUAAGAAAAUCAAAGAGACUGUUGGAAAAUACGCACCUGCCUUGUUUCUUCUAGAACUUGUCGGUUUUAGAUUAUCCAAAGAAAGUGAAACCAUCGAUCAAUUCACCACCCAAACUUUUGAUGUCUACAAUUUGCAGUAUGAGCUCUUCAACUUUGAGACACUUGAAUUUCUAAAUAGCACCAUUAAAGAGAAAUUGGGAAUUGAUGGAGAGUGCAAAACUCCUACUGUCCCAACAGCUGAUUUAAGAGUGAAAGUAGGAUCUGAUGAUCCUGAAGUUGCUAAACCUGAGUCAAAGGUUAAAACAUACUCAACUCUUGAAGGCUACAAUAAUAAAUACGUCCCAAUGAAUUUUAAGAGAAGAGCUGCUUGUGAUAAACUUGCCAAUAACAAAAAGAAUAACAAGAAUUUAUUGUAUGAUCUAGCUCAACAACGAGAGAUGAGGAAGAUGACUACUCCACAUGUGUAUCAGAAUAACCCUUAUCGUGCUUCAAAUUACACUCAACAAAAUUCCUCAAAUUCUGUUGUUGACCAGCUAAGAAAUUACAAAACCCAGAAAAGAGAAGAUAACUAUAGAGUUCCAAGAGAGAUCACUGUGAAAGACCUUGAGAAGAUGAACAAAAGUGAAUCUCUCAAUGUAUCAUCCACUGAUAUUAAAAGACUGGGGAUCAGAUCACUAGAGCUAUCUAAUAAUUUCAGAGCCACAGAAGGAAAACCGCCUCUGAUCUGGAACGACGAGCUCUAUAAAAUUGCUAUGGAGCAUUCAAAGAAUAUGGCAGAGGGAAAAGUCCCAGUUGGCCAUGCUGGAUUUAAAGACAGAAUGAACAAAGUUCCCUUCUUUGUCAAAUCAUUUAGUGAGAACGUUGCAUUUAAUAGUAACUGUGGUGACCCCGUAGAAACAGCCGUUAUAGGUUGGAUAAACUCCCCAGGACAUAGAAAGAACUUACUCAGUGCCUCAACUCACUGUGCUAUAGCUGUUUAUUGCAUCUGCGGGAGCUAUUACUUUACCCAGCUAUUUGCUUUAUGCUAGACAGUUUCAUAUUAACUGUAAAGAUCUUAUUGCCCAAAAUUUCUAUCU